AAAUUUAUGGACAAGUUAUCAUUGAAGUUAAAUGGUGACAGACAUGUACAAAAAAUACUACCGGGCUUUGAUCUCGAGAUUGAUGAGUAUUGAGAUGACAACUAGUGGGCAACAAAUAACAUUGCAAUGGUGGUCAUAGGAGGAAACAGCAUCAUCAUGUUAGAAGCCUUAGAAAGAGUCUAA